CACGGAAGCAAGAGACUUUUAUUUUGAAAUAAUAAUGAAGUAAGAACAUGACCUGGUUGUUGUCGUCCUGUAAUGAGAAAGCGUGGUAGGUUUGGAGCCAGAAAUGUCCUGAUAUGUGGCUUAAACAGUAAACACCAUUAGAUACAUUGUCGCCAUGGCUGUAGCUUGUUUCACUAAGCAGCUGCUCAGGUGCGUUGUGUUUAAGCCAAUAGGAAAGCGCGCGAGACCGGCUGUUAGAACUGUGUCUACUCACGCGUUCAGACACCUGACGCACAGCCGUGCGCGUGAAACUCCGGUUUACCGAGUCUCGAGAUGCUGCAGAGACUUCCAUACAACAAACUCAGCAAUGGUGGCAAAGAUCAUGACGGCAGAUGAGAUGUUUUCCACAAAAUCCCUGCAGGAAUACCUGAGGACACUGCAAACUGAAUAUAACGAGUGUCUGCGAGAUGUCAACUCCACAGAGCUGCAAACAGAUGACGAGGAGGAGGUGAGAGCAAAAAGGAGAAAGGUGACUGCUUUAGAGCCUCUGGUCCAAAAAAUCAGGGACCUGGAAUCAAAACAGAGGGAUUUUGAGGAGACCGAGUCAUUACUGAAAGAAAAUGACCCUGAUUUGCGCGAGCUUGCAGAGACAGAGAGGGAGCACUGCCUGGCAUCCAUUCAAGAAAUGAAACAAACGAUUCUGUCUCUUCUCGUCCCUGAGGAAGAAUCAGACAUGAGCGAUCUGAUCCUAGAGGUCACUGCUGGAGUUGGAGGUCAAGAGGCCAUGCUUUUUACAGCAGAGAUAUUUGACAUGUAUCAGAACUAUGCUGGUUUCCAUGGCUGGGGCUUUGAUACACUGGAGUAUAUGCCAAGUGACAUAGGGGGUGUACGACAUGCCGCAGCCAGCAUCAGUGGUCCACUGAGCUACAAGAAGAUGAAGUUUGAAGCAGGAGUGCAUCGGGUCCAGAGAGUCCCGAAGACAGAGAAACAAGGCCGCAUGCACACCAGCACUAUGACUGUGGUAAUAUUGCCACAGCCUGCAGAGAUCUCCUUCACUAUUAACCCCAAAGACCUGAGGAUUGAAACGAAAAGAGCCAGCGGAGCCGGAGGACAACACGUUAACACGACUGACAGCGCUGUAAGGAUUGUCCAUUUACCAACAGGCACAGUGGCUGAGUGUCAGCAGGAGCGCUCCCAGAUCAAAAACAAAGAGAAGGCCAUGAAGCUGCUACGGGCCAAGCUCUACAGCGCAAAGCUGGAGGAGGAGAUGAGUAAGAGAUACCAGGCCCGCAAACUCCAGAUUGGCACCAAAGGCAGAUCAGAAAAAAUCAGGACCUACAACUUUGCUCAAGAUCGGGUCACUGACCAUCGGAUUGGGAAAACUCUGCAUGACGUACAUGGAUUUUUAUUAGGGGAGGAGCUGCUGGAUGAGAUGAGCAUGUUUUUGCAGCAGUUUUCCGAACAGGAAGCGCUCCUGGACAUUGUUGAAAGUCAAUGACUAAGAUCAAUAAGUGUGUAUAUAUGAUCUUAAUUUAAAAUAACUAAUAAAUGCUUUUCUUUUAAGCACUGUGCCUUUUCACUGGCCCAUCACUGAUGAUAGCAACAGUUCUCUGUUGUGGUUAACUAAAAGAAAUUUUAAACAGUGUAACUCCUAACAGAGCAUCAACACAUAACAGAUAGUCUUCAUGCUUCAUGUAAUCACAAAUCCCCUCCUAUACUAUAUAUCUGUAUGCAGUUAUUUCUACAAAAGAUCUCUAGCUGUUGCAUAAAGGAUGGCAACACUCAAAUGUGAUUGUGAACUCUGAGGUGACGUGCAUAAACACCUGGAGUUUAAUGUUCAGUUCUAAGAAGUAAGCUAAAGUAAAGCCAAACUGAAGUGGGCUUGGAAAUUCUGAAACUUCUAAUCUGAACUGACUCAUCUGGUGCUGUGGAUUAUUAGAUUUCAAACAUCAGUCUGUAAAAUGCCAUUUCACUGGUUCUUUACAUCCAGAGUAAUUGUUCAUAUUUCCAUCUGUCUGAAAUCACCGAAAGAGAAGCAAGGAACCAAAGCAUGCUAAAUUCUUGGAAUCGUAUAAAUCCAGUAAAGCCGGUUCAGCAAAAUGAUUCGGAUUCAGUAAGGCAACAACAGCUCACCAGUCAGCCUAAUGUUUUGUGCAUGUGAGCUGCCCUUUGUCAUGUUAAACGUCAGACUAAGUGGUGCUGGAUAAGCUGCGUGGGGGUGACCCUAUGGCCUAUACCCCUUUGGGGCAGUCUGUAGUUUUAUUACAGGGGGUUGGAAGCAUUUAAAACCACUAUUCUAAGCAGAGUAAGCUUUAUCAAGCACUUUCAACAUUCCAACUUGAAGUGUGAAAUACCUUAGUAAUGGCUCAUGCAAGUGUAACCCUGGAAGUCUAACAAGAGCAAAAAGACAUUUAAAACAUUUGUAAGCUCCAACUGUUUGAGAAAGGUGGUGGUGGGUUUAUUUUAUUUUAUUUUUAUGUUAUUACAAUAGAAGGAUCUAGCCAGGUACUCCAAUUUCAUGUUGAACAGAGAUUUUUGGAAUAGAGUUUGAAAACCUGCAAUUACACAUAAAAUAUUUGCAGACAUCAGAAAGUUCAUAGAGAGUG